AUGGAUCCCAGCAGCAGCAGCUGCAUGCGCAGCCCACAGCCUCCCACCCCGCUCUGGGGCUGCAUGAGGAGCUCCCACACGGAUCUGACCACAGCUCCAGGGCUCAGCCACUACCCAGCAGCACCAUUCUCCUUCCAGCAAAAACCAGAUUUUGCUGCUUACUCUGAUUUCUCAGCCUCCUGCCUGGUGACAGCUCCCCACAGCUUCCCACGUGAGGAGCGGGCACUUGUGGAGCAGCACCCCUCUUUCCAGCACCCUGACUGGCACCUGGCAGCCACUGAGGCCAGAAGAGGAAUAAACCCAGGACUGGCCUUGGCUUCUGGGGAGUCAGAGGGCAGCAGCCCAAGCCUAGUGAGUGCAGCAGUGGGUGUGGAUGAAGAUGAUGAGGCACCAGCAAAUCCUACAAAUGACACUGGGAAAAAGCCAUCCAAAAGGAAAAAGGAAAGCUCAGAAAACCAGAACUCAAGCAAUAAGGCAGAAACCAGCAGCAAAUCACGGAAGGAAAGGACAGCUUUCACUAAGGAGCAGCUACGGGAGCUGGAAGCUGAAUUUGCCCACCAUAACUACUUGACAAGGCUCAGGAGAUACGAGAUAGCUGUGAACCUGGAUCUCACCGAAAGACAAGUCAAAGUGUGGUUUCAAAACAGAAGAAUGAAGUGGAAACGUGUUAAAGGUGGGCAAGCAGUGCCCCCACACGAACACGACACAGAAGAUGUGGACUCUGCCACCUCCCCCAGCUCUGAGUAGCCCUUGCAGCAAUGGGAGAGGAGAUGGAGAAAGUCAUCGAUUGGAAUGUGGAUGCAACUGCUU